CUACUAGUUACUUCGGAGUGUUCUUUACCGACCUUUUCAUUUUCGAAACGACGAGCGGGGCGAGAUCGUCUGAGCACCGAAUGAUAACAACUUGACUCAAACGCAAGACCUCUUCUAUUCCUCCCACAUCGACACCAUGUCCGAACGAGGGACAUCAGAGCUCUAUCGACAUCCCACAAGAAGCGAAAUCAUCGAACAAGCAGUAGCCGAAGGCCACGAUGCAGAUAUCCCAACCAGCCUUGGCUCAAUACACCAAGUGCCAAGUCACGUUUCCGACAAAGCAACCUGGAGACACCGGACCAAAGACGAAUACAAAACGGGAGAGAAAGAUGUUGAAAAAGGCAACAUCAAUUCAAUAUCCAGCGGCGGCGACGACGACGAGACAGAAGCAGGCGAUGACCACGACCCCAACAUUGUCGAUUUCGACGGCCCAGACGACCCCGAGAACCCGAUGAACUGGACCGCGUUCAAGAAAUGGGGCACCGUAUCCCUCGUCUCUGCAAUCACCUUCCUCACACCACUCGCGAGCUCGCAGUUCGCACCUGGCGUACCGGAAGUCAUGCGCGAAUUCCAGUCGACGAGCAGCCUCAUCGCAAGCUUUAUGGUGUCAGUGUACGUGCUUGGCUACGCAUGUGGGCCGAUGAUUAUCGCGCCCAUGUCUGAAAUGUAUGGGCGGUUACCGCUAUAUCACAGCUGCAAUUUCUUGUUUAUUGUCUUUACGGUUGCGGCGGCGGUAUCGACGAAUAUGACACAGUUUAUUGUGUUUCGGUUCUUCAUGGGGUGCUUUGGGGGCGCGCCCUUGGUGCUUGGGGGUGGCACGAUUGCGGAUUUGAUUUCGAGAGAGCAGAGGGGAACGGCGAUGUCGGUGUGGACUAUGGGGCCUACCCUGGGACCUUCCGUUGGUCCUGUGGUCGGUGGCUUCCUUACAGCUGCAAAAGGGUGGAGAUGGAACUUUUGGUUUGUGUCUAUACUGGGUGGCGCUUUCUUCAUUAUGUCACUUAUUCUCAUGUCAGAAACAUCCGCCAUCAUUAUCCUCCAACGCAAAGUCAAACGCCUCAAAGCCUCAACCGGCAACUCCAAACUGCGCUCCAAACUCGACACAGGGCUUACUACCCGCCAACUCUUACGCUUCUCGAUUGUUCGCCCAGCUAAAAUGCUGUUUCUUUCUCCAAUCUGCUCUUCCAUCUCCAUAUACAUGGCGAUUACGUAUUCCUACCUCUACAUCCUUUUCACUACCUUCUCAACCGUCUUCAAGGAGCAAUACGGAUGGAAGGGUGGGAUAAGCGGUCUCUCGUUCAUAGGUCUCGGUAUCGGCUCAUUCAUGGGACAAAUGAUUUUUAUCCGUUAUGGCAACAGGAUCGUCGAUAAGCACAUCAAGCGCGGCGACUUUUGCCCCGAGCACCGUCUGUACGUUAUGUGCAUUGGUGGCAUCACCCUACCCUGCGGCUUCUUCAUCUACGGCUGGAGCGUCCAGUAUAAGACGCACUUCAUGGUCCCCGAAGUUGCAACGAGCAUGAUUGGAUUCGGCCUGAUGCUGUUAUUCAUGCCCGCGACCACGUACCUGAUUGAUGUGUAUACGGUGCACGCGGCGAGUGCCAUGGCAGCAAACACCGUGCUGAGGAGUCUGGCUGCAGCGUUUAUUCCACUGAGCAGUCAGACCAUGUACGCAAAAAUGGGGUAUGGGUGGGGAAAUAGCAUGUUGGGGUUCAUAGCGUUGUUAAUGGUGCCGAUGCCAUUUUUGUUCCUCAAGUAUGGGGAGAGGAUUCGGGCGAGCAGUAAAGUCAAAUUGUGA